CGGAGACCACGGUAACAAGCUAGACUUUACAAGCCACAGAAUCGCCAUGUCUUGUUAGAGCACGCCAAAUGCCUGGCAAUAACAGAGCAAGACACACAAGGACCAUUCUAAGAACAUUGACUCUUCCGGCUUUCGCAUCACCCUACUGAAGACAGUGACAUAUCAAGGAUACCUUUUCGAAAUCAGAUUACCGGACAGUAGUGAUGCUCACAAGACUAAGUCAGGACCUCGGCGCCCGCUUGCGGCUGAAUGUUUACACGUGCCUCGUCAUUGUUGCUCUGGUGGCAGUGAUGUCAGCACAGACCUCAUUGGAUAGUACACAGGGCUCACACGAACUCGACAUUGAACUCUUCCGGAAUUUGUGGGAUUCAUAUAUCUUUCCUUCACUUGAAAUGGACUUUAAAAAAAAGUUAGAUAGUCGACAUUCUGAUAGUGAAAUGUUGCAGCCGUAUGGUUAUUUAGCAGAUCAUUCAACUGACCAGAACGCUAAUAGACAAAAAAGAAAAAACUUUAUGGGAAUGGACAACAUGGACCGAAUGUUUGCCUCUCUGAACUCUAAGCCCCGUUUCAUGUCCAUGGAUAGCAGUUUCGGCAAUCUCCAGAACCUUCUACUUAAGGCCGGUCGCAAACGACGCUAGAUCGCUAGAUGCUAACGCCAACAACAACGACAACACUAUCAAGAAAUAUUCAGAUGUGGCAACAUUAAACUUUCCAUUGCAAUUUCCUUCACUGUUCGUCCAAAUAGUAUCGACAUUAUUUAAAGGACUUAGCGCAAGACGGUCGUCAAACAACAUAUAGUGGUAGGAAUUACGUCAAUCGCGCGCUCAGAUCUCAAUACUGCUUUAAAUUUAAAAAAAUGUAAAAAAGUGUAUAAUUAUUUAGGACAGAUCAGCAAUAUUGCUGACAACAAAGUAUAAACAUGUGUUUGUUCUACCAAGACAUUCGCAAACUGUCUGAAUAUGAUACAAAACAAUCCCAGCAAUGUAGUGUAACAGUAGCUGACCGUUGAUUUGCUUGAAAUGGCAAACAAAGGACACAUUAAACACAAAAAAAGAACAAUAGAAGUGUACAGUUUUUAUGUAAUAAACUCAGAUAUCACGUUCGACAGUUAAUUAUCAAUUUUUAGAGCUACAUUUUCUUGGUCUCAUCGUGUUAGUAAAUGUUCAAAAAUGUAAAUGGACAAACUAAAUCUAAAUUAAAACAGCAUUAUCUUUUUUAACGGAAGUCGAGUAAAUGUUCGUCAUCGACGAAUACAUAAUGAGACAAUGGUAUAUAAAAUGCCUUCUUACCGAUAAAAGUUAAAUUUAGUUGCAAAAAAUAUUAAAAACGUCUUGUGUGUAAUACGUUUUGUUUAAUGCACUAGGCGGUCGUUGUAAUGCAGCAUCUAAGACGUCACUUCAAAGAUCUUAACUCUGUAAUCACGUCAUAAUGGCAGUACAUCCAUUUAUGUAUUUCUUGAACUUCGUAAUCAUUUUCAAUGUUGG